GGUGGGAUCAAAAAAAAGAAAAAAAAAAAAGUGUAGAAAGAGCAGUUUUCUCUAGGGAAGAAGAUGGAGCUUUCAAGUUCUACAACUAUAUAAUUGGUAUCAUCAUAACACACACAUACCCACAACAUUCACACACAAACACACACACAUACAUACUAUUCUCUGUCUUUCUCUCAACCCUCAUUUGUUGAGAGAGAAAGAAAAGAUAGCAGAUCCCCAAAAGUGUAGGCGGUUAAAUCUGUAAAACCUACACUAACUACUGAAAAAACUAUAUAAUAGUAUUAAAAAACUACUAUAUAAUAUUAUAAAAAACUAUAUAAUAGUAAUAAAUAUUCCACUACAAAUAAAACAUCACCGAUCAGUCAUUCAGUCAAUCAGUCCAUCUAUCCAUCCACCCAUCCCAUCAAAUAGAUCAUAUCAUAUCAUCAAAGCAAGAGAGAGAAAGUAGCUAGUGUUCUUUAAUUCUGUAUUUCUGUGUGUUUUUAGAGAGAGAAAGUUUAGAAAUAAGAAGAAAAAAAAUGUCAUCUUCAUCAUCAUCAACAACAACAACAGGAAGUGCAGGUGGUGGAGGAAGUUUAGAUACUACUACUAAUCAUUCUCAUAAUACUAAUGUUGAAAAUCAUCUUCUUUCUCCUUCAGAUCAACUUUGUUAUGUUCAUUGCAACUUCUGUGAUACUGUUCUUGCUGUGAGUGUACCAAGUAGCAGCUUGUUUAAGACUGUGACAGUGAGGUGUGGACACUGCACUAAUUUGUUAUCAGUGCAAAUGUGGACGCCGUCUACUCCGCCGCCGCCGCUUCCAACUAAUCAACUUCAUCAUCAUCUUCCUCCUCCCUCUUUCUUUACUUCUCCUCAUAAUCUUCUGGAGAUUCGAAGCUCAACACCAAAUUUCAUCAACAACCAUCAUCAAUCUGUGUUCAAUGAGCCCAUGAUGCCGGUUCGAGGCAUUGAUCAUCAUCAUCAUCAAGAGUUGCCAAAGCCUCCACCUGUGAAUCGGCCUCCAGAGAAGAGACAGAGAGUACCAUCUGCCUAUAACAGAUUCAUCAAGGAAGAAAUUCAAAGAAUUAAAGCUGGAAAUCCUGAUAUAAGUCACAGGGAAGCCUUCAGUGCUGCUGCCAAGAAUUGGGCCCACUUCCCACACAUUCAUUUCGGCCUUAUGCCUGACCAUCAACCCGUGAAGAAGGCUAAUGUGCGCCAGCAGCAGGAAGGAGAGCAUGAUGUUCUGAUGAAAGAAGGGUUCUUAGCUCCUCAAGCCAAUUGCAAUGUGAAUGUGGGUGUAGGUCCCUACUAAGAUGGAUGGAUGAAAAAACAAAGUAGUUAUAAGAAAAUUUAAAGCAAGGGUAGUCAAGUACUAACUCUAGUACUAGUACUACCACUUUGUGUUUAAAUUUCCGUAGGUUUUUUUUUUCUUUUGUCUCUUUUAGUUUGAUCUCUAAGUCACUAGCUUUUCACCUGGUGCUUCUCUCUUUGCACUUCAUUAAUUACCUCUAGGAGUAAUUCAACUUCUUUAGGACUCUACUUUUUACUCCUUGAUGAAAUAUUUGUCUUAGAGAAGGGAAACCAAGGAAGUUGAAGUGAGCAUGUUAUAUAUAUUAAUGUUAUUGCUCAAACUUCUUAACAACUAAAUCUCUUUAGUUUGUUUAAAGUAUGAUGAUGUUAUAUCAUUUUUCAA